GUCAACAGGGAAACUCUGAGGUUACGGCAGAGGCCAUAACAGAUCCCUCGUCGGUUCCUCUUUCUGAGGUUUCCUCCUUUCUUCCUCGUCAAAGUUUGAUGGAUGAGCUCCUCUGUUUCUGGGAAACACACUUUUAGCAUCACAGCAGUUUCUCUUCCACUUUGGACAACUUCUGAAUCAGCAGAUGAACGGAGAGAGGAGCGGACAGCAGCAAAUAAAAGGAGAGGAGCUUCGUCCUCGUCGCAGUCGGGUCACCGAGGAAAAUCUGCUGAACCAGAUCGACUCCGUCUGAAGGCUCCACAGCAGGUUGAAGACACCAUGACACUUCCAACCCAUCGCCAGUGCACCAUUGAGCUUGAGAAUAAGUGCUCUGCGUACACGCUGUGUAACCCGCAUGUGUCCACUGUCAGUGGAUCCUGUGCGAAGGCUUUGCCGCCAACACUCAGUCCCUCUGAAUCUGGCAGCGCCCUGUUCAUCAAGACUCCUGACACAGCAUGCGGAUCUGUUGGAGUCCUCACUUACGAUCUGCAGAAUGCAUCCACAGAGAAAUGUGAUGGAAAAAUGGCCGUCAUGUUCUCCGUCCCUUAUGACUUCAACGUGUACUCUAACUGGUACGCGGUGGGAGUCUUUGACGAGAAUAAAGUGUGUGAUAACAGCCUUUAUGAAGAGAUGUAUCACAACGCAGAGAACGGGUUUGUCAGAGGUCAAGCUAAAGAUGGCGGUCUGACUUACAAAGGCAAAGGUGUUGCCGUCAGAGCCACCAUGUCCGACAGUUACACUCCCGUCAUCGAGGUACAAGUGUGCAUCAACUGAAAUAUGAAGCAUCCUUAAACCCUUUCAUGCACCAUUAAUCCCAGUUGACCCACUAAGACAGAAAGUCUACUUUAAUUUCAUCAUGCCACUUCUCAUUCUCUGCAUUAGUCGAUCUUCAUAUCUCUCCAUGUGCUACUGUUUGUACUGUUCGGUGCUCAGCUGCACUUCCUUGUAUUGCCUGUGUGUAAUGACAAUAAAGUUGAAUCUAAUCUA